GGGAUGUGUUCCUUGGGAGAAAACUGUCAGGGAAGGGGGUUAAUCACAUGACAAUAUUUUGUAAUAAAGGCCAUGUGCUCGAGGAAGUGAGCAGUUCCGUUGGUUCCAGCGAGCUCGAAGCGGCUCCCUGCGUCGACCCAAACAUCGACGGAGGCCAUCUGUGUGGCGGCCAGGUAGGCCGGCGUGACGACACGGAGACCCGACGGGAGAGUGGAGACGCACGCGGCGGGGAACCGGAGGUAAGGGGAGUGAUCGGGGCUAUGGGGCACCGACGAGUCGUGGCGGAGCAAGUGGUUGGUAGAGGGCAAGAGGGAGACGGUGGUGGUGGAGGCGGAGUGGAGGAGGUGGUUGAGGUAGGGGAGGACCCGACACCUCGAGCGGGCGGCUGAGGCAAGAGCGGCCAUGUGUAUGACGAAAUCCCUCGACAAAGCCAAGUGCUGGGGUAACCGCACUGCCGCUCUCAAUGCCUCUGCCGCCUUGGUGAGGCCAACAAGGAGUGUGAGGAGGCGCUCCAGAUUCAUCUAUCCUACGGCCAACAAGGUGAAUGGAUUGCUUGGGUCUUGGGCUAGCCGGCACAAAGAUUCCUUCUCGGAUCUCAAGCAACUUCCAGACUGCAGGUAUGUGAUCGUCGGGGAGGGAACGCUGCCGGUCAUGUCGCGAGGAUGUUCUUCGAGCACGACAUGGCUGAUGGCCGCCUCUGCAACGGCGUCGAAGCUCCCUUCCUCAUCCAUGUCGGCGCGGAGGACCAUCAGCGGCCCGAGCUGCUGCAAGCCCUUGAGGGAAAACAAGCUGUCAAAUAUUGAGAUAAUUGUAGCAGACAUCAGUAAGUUUGAGGUAUGAUUCAGUUUGGUGUCUUGCUGUGCUUUGGAUAUUUUGUCAUGGCUCUUUAUGUAGCACAUGAAAAACUACAAGUCGCUUCUUAAGAAGAUAUCCAGGUGGAUGAAAGAGGAUGGCCUACUAUUCGUUCACCGCGCCUGCCAUAAAACAUUUCCAUAUCACUUUGAGGUAGAAGAUUAAUGACCCUCAGUUUCACUAUUCAUAUGGUGCAUUCCACCGCCUAUCUGCUAUAUGUGAUAGUUAAGAACUCAAUAUCUUUAGCUGGAACUCAAGCAUCAGUAAGAGGUGGUGUUUGUGCUGUCAGAGUUUGUGAACCCGAAGAGGAGCACACUUUGAUCACAAGCAUUGGAUGUGGGGUCCGAGUAUCGAGCCGAUUGCACAUCAGACUGCACCCUUCAUGUUUGUGCACUUGUCAACACCGCUGGUCCGCUAGGUUCUAAGAUAAUAUACAAGUGUCCUAUUCUUUACUUCACAUCCUUUGUUUUUAGUAUCA